AUGUUGCCACCAGCAUUGGUCAGCGUGUACCGUGAGUACAAAAAGGAUACCAACUCAAUUGCAUCAUGGCUCGCUUCAACAGUCAAAGAAUGCGGUUAUCCCGCCCAUCUCCUGUCCAACACCCCCGUCAGUGUCACCAAGCAACAAACUGCGGGGGCUGGGCGACUCAAGGGCAAAGCCAGAGUCGAAGCUAAGAAGAAAGCCAAAGCUGCGCCUAGUAAGCCGGCGUCUCAAAAGGCAGGACCUCGAUACGUCAUUGAGGUCAAAGACUUUGUUCCUCUUGCUGAAAGCAUCUCCAACUACAAAAAGCCAGCUCUGGCCAUUCCACAAGCAUUCUUCAGCACCCUCAACCGGGUCAUUUCUGUGAGAAAUGGCUUCAGCGAUCAGUUGCUUCGUCACAAUGAGAAGCCAGAUGUCAAGUCAGAUGCCAGGCAUUCGUACUUUGUCGGAAUCCUCGAAAAUGUCCGCGACAUACUCAAGCCCUUCUCCGACACAGCUGCUUCCACUGCUACUGACACAGUCGAUCGAUUGACCAACACCUUUGAUGCUCUGGAGGUAUAUGAACCCUCGGAGGAUUUCCUCAACGCACCAGACAUUCAGAGGCCCGAGCCAACGAAGAAAGAAGAAGCCGUCUAUGAAGUUGACCCGUCACAGUCACUUGAUGAGGCUCUCAUUGCUUUCUGCAUGAUGUGCAAGGAUUUGGCUGAGGUCAGAAAGUAUAUUUCAAACCUCUGGUCAGAGUUUGUUAGCAAAGAAAAUGGUGUACAGAGAAACGACCCUGGUGUAUUGGCUGUGGUGACCAAUACAGCUGUCGAGUUCGGUCGAAGCAUCGCAGAAGAUGCUAUGCCGGCCUUUCAAAAGCACGGUGGGACCACUGCUAUGGCAAGGGAGUACAUGCUGCGCACCACAGCUUGGAAUGGAGAAGCUGGGAGCGAUUUCGAACCUUAUCUGAAGGACGCGUCGACUGGACACGGGUUCUAUGACGCUCUCUCCCACUGCUAUUAUCUCACCGAGACCACUCUCCUGACUCUAUCUCUCGUCCCAUGGAGAGGUGUUACUAGCAUCUAUUCGGAAGGGUCGUUUGGCGUUUGUCAACCUGAGAUUCCCUGGAAGUCUAAGACUGUGGAACAGAAGAUGACCGAUCAUCAAGUUAUUACUACCGAACUCUGGUUCGAGGCUUUAGCGCUCGUCCACCAUGUUCCUGACUACCCCUGUACCGACGAGUUCAUUCGAGGUGUCAAAGAGUUUAAGGAGACGAAGAAAGUUCCCUUCAGCCUCGUCUUUGCUGCUCAAGUCAAUCUCGACAUCCAUCAGGUUGUUGGCAGUUAUGCCGAAUCCUCUGUCAAUACCCUUCUCAACCGGAUUGACAGAAUGAACCAGGAUUUGAAGUCGCAUAUUGACUUCCAGCAGGGCAUCAAAGGCCCUCAUUGGUCGCCGCGCGAUGACAAGUGGUUGAAGGUUACUCAUGAAGGCUUUGACUGGUUUCUCGAUGAUCCAUUGCACAAGGCAAAGACGAUGGCGAACGAUAACAGCUCCACCAGACAGGAGGGUUUGAUUCACCUCGCACGAACCAAAAAGUGGCGAAUCUUGAGAAGAUCCCCGGUGAUCGCUGGUUUGGCCUUGUACUAUCAUCGGGCGGAGAUGCACGAGGCUGGCCUCAAAGUUACCAAUGCUUGGGGUUCUCUCAUUCUACCCGGACACUUGUACAAUGCCCUUCUAGAGGAAAAAUGUAUUAAGAGCAACUGGGUGGAUAUGGAUCGGCUGUUUCAAAUGUUUGGGGAAGAACAGUUCUUUGUUGGUGGUCGACCCGAUAAAGUGUCGGAUUAUGCCAAGCGCUUCAUGCUGCAAACUGGUGUCUCUGCAGCGGUGUUUACUAAAAACAGACGGCGUGGUAAUAAAAUGGUCGUUGAAGAUUUCUCUCGCGCUGGUGCACGGUUUCUCACAACGCGUGCUUCAAUUCACAAAAGUCUUGAGGACCGAUAUCAACGAAACGCCAACCGCAUGAACUGGACAGCAGAGAGCAUAAGCGAGAUACUCUUGCGCGCAGAAUCUGAAGGCAAGGGCAAAGGGAAGAGAAAGAUACCAUCGGCUGAGCAAGAGAUUCGUAUCUCACCGGUCGGUGUUUUGUCAUCACUCGUGAUGGCCAUGCAGGGCGAGGUUCAUGAGCUUUCGUUUGGGUACCUGCCCAUGCAUCGUAUGAGCUGGAAGAUCCUAAGGGCCAUACGGACGAGAUGUGAGCCCUACCUCAAGGAAACCUACGGAUCGGACUUCACCCUAAAGGAAUGGGAACUUCCUUUCAUGGUUGGUCAUAUCCUGCCUCUAGAUCACGAUGAGUCCAUGGAUAUGCUGCGAACUGCGGGCAAGGUAUGGAACAAACUAAAUUAUGAAGACACCACUAGCAUAGGUAUGCGGCGGAUGUACGAGCUCUCUGGCAUCGACUAUGGCAUCUCGGGUAUCCAGAACCAAGUCUUUCAGGCAUACACUAAUCCCCACGGAUCGCUCGUCGAUGAUGGUUUGGACCAUGAGUCAGUGGAGUCAGACGAUGAAAACUUCUCUUUCACUGAAUACAAUAUAGAUAUGGUUAAUGGCCAAGUGACCAGCCACAGAAAGCGGACUGGUGAUCUAAUAUCUUCUGGCGAUCAACAGCUCGAAGAGUAA